GUUGUUAUAUUUAGUUAGGACCGUAAAUCGCAUACAAUUUAUUAAUAGAACUUAUUUGUUGAAGAUUUAAUUAUUGUUUUAUUUUUAUUUUUUUGCACGAAAUGUUUUGAGUUCCUGUUCAAGCAAGUUGACGCCUGCAAAACAGCGAAUCCUGAGAAGCGUAGGAUGAAGCAACACAAUUGAUAUUUGAUAUGCAAGACUACAACGAGGGACGUAUGAAAAUGGACAAACCUGGAUGCUUUAUGAUUUUUUUUAUGAGUUAGCGCUCAACUUCCGAGUUGAACAGACGCGUUUUGUUUCUGCUAUCAUCUACGGAAGUCCUUCGCCGGCUAUAUAUAAUACGAAAGUUGCGAGAGUUUUCGUGUGCUAUCGCGAGCCGAUGUCCGCGAUGAAACGCCGCGAAAACACAUUUCGCAUUGAUUAUGCGAAUGUGCCGAAAAAACCAUCGUCCGAGGAGGUUCACCGUUUUGUUGGUGAGACGCUCGCUAUGAAGCGUGAGGAUAUAAAGCGGAUUCAAUACAGCCGCAACCUCGGAAUCGCUUUUAUCAAAACUACUUCUCUUGAAGUUGCACGAAAAGUCGUCGAGGAAAACGACAAUACUCACGAAAUUAAGGUGAACGGAAAGUCAUACGUUCUACGUCUGAAAAUGGAGGAUGGAGCGGUGGAAGUGAGGAUCUACAAUCAUUCCGAAGAUGUAUCCAACCAAAAGAUCGAUAAAUUUCUCAGUGCUUACGGAGAGGUUCUAACCAUUCGAGAGGAGGUAUGGAACGAGAAGCAUUUUUUCUCUGGUCUACCGACCGGUGUCCGCAUCUUGAGGAUGACGGUCAAAAAAAAUAUUCCAUCUUACGUCACCAUUGAUGGUGAAACGACACUUUUAUCGUACUACGGCCAGCAACAGACUUGCCGACAUUGCAGUGAAUUCAUUCACAACGGCGUCUCGUGUGUGCAAAACAAGAAGUUGCUGGUCCAAAAACUGGCAGCGAACAGCUUCUCAUACGCAGACGUUGCUAAGAAUACAAAUCCUCCACGUACGAAACCACUUGCUCAGCAAUCCCGAGCUGCGAAGCCGAGCGGCUCAAAAGCAGCCGAAAUACCAAAAGCGAUACCAAUAGAUACAGAAGCGUCUACAAGCAGCACAAUGCCUGCUCCUACUGUUCUAGUUCAGCUCGAGAGGUUCGAUGACUUCGCUAUACCAACGAACGUGCAACAGGAACACGAAAAUGAAAACGACACAUGGACAAAAGUUUUGCGCAAAUCAAUUUUACAAAGGAAAACAAACGGCAAUGAUACAGACUCAUCUACUUGUAGUAGACGCUCGACACGUAGUACCAAAAAAAUGCGUUGCGAUGAUGGCGAUGACCCGCAGGACAACGACCUCUCCUUAUUUAAGCAUCUUCACCAGCUACAAUAUUGCGACCAUAAACGUAAACACGACCACGAACACCACCAAAAUCAACGCAUUUCGAACAUUUAUCCGAACCAUGGAUCUUGAU